CAUACGGCUGCCCCACCUGGUUCAACAUCAGCGCUGAAACCAUGGAAAAAUUACGGAUCUUCGAGCGGAGAUGCCUGAGAGCCUGCCUCAAUAAAUACCGGACACCCGAAUCCAACUUCACAAAGAAGAUCAAAAACCACAAACUCUACGAGGACGCCAAACUCAUCAGAAUAGACCUGUUCAUCCUCAAACUAAUCAGGAACCAUUGGGCCAACACUCGCAACAUAAACUCCAACAGCCUCAUUUUCGCCUCCACAUAUCCAAACCCAAUGUAUUUCACCGAAACAAUGAAAACUGGCUACAUCCCCCCUGAAUCCUUCAUCUAUUUGGACAGUGAGGGCUACAUACAAAAUUCGAACAACGUACCAAUAAUUUACCACGCCUACAGAAGAACAUUCGACAAACACAUCAAGUACAACAAAAACAUCAAGAUGGACGACCCAAACAUACGUUUCAAUUAUAAAUUAUCCACAAUAGACCUAAGGGACGAACAUCGUCAGAACACCAACACAUAUUGGUGGCUAUAACAACACCUAAACAUAAAUCCGGUGCAUCUACACCUGAUUAAAAUCCCCCGAUACUAAUAUACAACAAACAAAAUUUUCCAAGUGUCUGCUUCCUCGAUAGUAUAGCGGUCAGUAUCCCC